GCCAUGACUUAUAUAAUAAAUAAUAUAACACAGAUUAGAAUUAAUUGGGUCUAUGUAAUAUUAGAAUAUUGCUGAAAAUAUGUUUUGACAAUUUCAGGGAUGGUUAUAUCUGCCCUACAUUUUAUAACGACUUGAAAUAUAAGGACUGUUUGUAUUCCUGUACAUUAUCUUAAUGUCCUGAUUGAUUUUUGGAAUUUGUUGACCAAAUUUGACUUUAGUGAUAUCGAUUUGAAAUAUCAAAUACUCAUAAUCCUAGAUGAAGCAUUAUUGAACUGGAUAAAGUAGUGUCAGAAGUAUAGAACAACUUGGUAUAAUUCACUAAAUUGAAAAUACCUUGACAGCUGUGAACUCUGUAAUGGGAAAUUGAGAAGUAUUAAAAAUAGAGUUUUUAUCUUUGAGUCUAGUCGGCAGCAACACUUAUUACAUCAUUCAUCGACAUGGAAGAUAUUAAGUUGUACUUCGUAACUUAUAAUGUUGGAACGAGUGUACCAGUACAAGAAUUAUAUGACUUACUGUCUUUGCCAGAGGAGCUCAAAAAUGAAAAAAACCAUCAAUUACCAGAUUUCUAUAUACUCAGUUUUCAAGAAGUGAAAGCGCAACCCCAUAAUCUUUUUUUGGAUGCAAUUUUUGAAGAUCCAUGGACAACUUGCUGCAAAGAAUUAUUGGAGAAGAGAAACUAUGUCAAAUUGAAGAGUGUCAGAUUACAAGGUUUGAUCAUGAGUGUUUUCACUUUGAGGAAACAUCUUCUGAGUAUUAGAGAAAUUGAAUCAGAGUAUACAAGAACUGGUCUCUCUGGAAUGUGGGGAAAUAAGGGUGCGGUCAGUGUCCGACUUAGCAUCUAUGGUAUUUCUAUGUGUUUUGUUAAUGCUCAUCUCAGUGCACAUGAUGAUCAUCUCAAAGAUAGAAUUGAAGACUACAACACUAUAGUCAAAGAUCACGAGUUCCAUGUGCCUGAACAUACAGAAAUAUUUUUCCAUGAUUAUGUAUUUUGGAUGGGUGACUUGAACUUCAGACUUUUAGAAGAAUUUGAACAGAGUCCAGAAGAAAUUGAGAGAAUUAUCUUGAAGAAAGAUCUAGCAACUCUAUUCAAAAAUGAUCAGCUCAGGCAUGUUAUGAAAAAAGGGCAAGCUUUCAGUGAGCUUGGGGAGCAAACUCCCCCAUUUCCCCCAACAUUCAAAUUUGAAGUGGGCACCAACUCUUAUGAUUACAAAAGAAGACCGGCUUGGUGUGACAGAAUACUGUAUAAAGUGAGCCCUCACAAUUAUGAGAACAUUACUCUGAAAGCUGAGCAGUUAACUUAUAAAUAUCACCCAUUUUACACUUUAAGUGACCAUAAACCUGUUACUGCAGAGUUUUCAGUGAAAGUAUUCUCAGAUUUUGCAGAGUCCAUUAUAGAAUUUGACAAGAUUUCUACCUGGUAUUUGGAAGAAGAUAAUGAGGUAGUAUAUAAAGUUAAUCCUUGGAAAAUCCCCCAAACUGAAGAGGAUUGGAUUGGACUUUUUAAGGAAAACUUUAACAGUUUAGAUGACUAUGUUUGCUACAACUAUACCAAUAAAAGUUCCAGUGUAUCAACUGAAACUAAAGUAGAAAAAAGUGAAUCACUGAAGUAUACACUCACCUUCAGCGAACUACCAAGUAGAUGUCAUGGUAAUUAUGUGCUUGUGUAUUUCAGUCAGUCUGAAGAUAAGGUUCUUAGCGUACUUGGCAUUAGCGACCCAUUCCCCAUUCUCAAAAAGGAUAGUGAUUAAUUAUUCAUAAUUUGAAUGCAAUAGAAAAUCUUUAUUGUUGAAUAUUCAAAAAUUUUAUAUUUAUACCUCUUCGAUUUUAUUUUUUAGCCACAGGCUGGAUCAAUUAUUUUAUGAAUUUUUGAUGAGAUUUUAUUGAAUUUUAAGAUAUAGUUUUUUAUUGAAGCUUUAAUGGGUUACAUCACAUAUUUCAUUAAAUUACUGUGCUGGCAUAAUGGGAAAUAUAUAAACAAAUGAUUACUUAAAAAAGUAUUUCAGUCCAGCUAUGUUAACAAUCUUACAAUCAAUUAUUGUUGAAAAUUUUAUUGUGUUCAUUAUAUUUAAUCCAAUUCAUUACCAAUAUAGAUGUUGUCAAAACUUCAAUAUGAUAGUUGUCUGUAUUAAAAAUUAUUUUCAAGAAGAUAGAUUGAUAGUUGUUACAUUUAACACUAGGAUGAUAUUAAAAACAUGUUUGAUUAAAAUUAAAAAAGAAAAAAAAUAGUCUUGGCUCUUUGCUUGAUAAGAUCUUUGCCUUCUAUAUAAAAUAUAUACCUUUGCUUGGUUAAAAUAUUUCUAUAGUUUUAUCUGAAUAUAAUCAGAUUUCAGAUAGUUUUUUACUACAAAUAUAUACAUUCAUAUUUAGAAUGCAGAAGCUUUGACAAAAAGGUAUUUACAAAGGUCAGUUGCUUGGAAAAAUAGAAAAUUACUUACUAAGAUGUGAUAUUGAGCUGCUAUAGUUGUUCUCAAUUAGUACAACAUUGUAGAAUACAUUAUAUUUUUGAAUAUUUUGUUGAAAAUUAUAUUUUCAUCUAUUAAUAACGUAAUUUUAAUAAAUGAGAUGUUUGUAGACACCUCUUCAGCAUA